UUUAUCGUGAAGUGGACACCUGGGUUAGAAUUUAGCUAGCUCCUGCAAAGUGGUCUGGUAAGUUAGCUAGCUAGCAAAUCUCAACAUUAACGUGUUGAUCUGGUUGUUUAAAAAAAAAAAAAACUUUACUAAUCGAGUGCAUUUAAUGCAAAUCAGAAAGGACAUGGCUACGUCAAUCUUAAUGCUCUCCUAUGGAGCAAGUAUUAGCUAGCUCUCAGCCAUCAUUAUAACUUGACACCUCAGGUUCACAACAAAGUCAAACUUCCCAAGUCAGCUAGCGUUAGCAAGGAUAACGUGAAGUUAAAGGCAUCAGUGGAGAUAGGCGGAUUAAUUAACUUAGUUGGUUAGGUCUGGCUGUCUGUUAGAAAUAAUAAAUGAGGUAAUCAAUACAGGGAGUUUUUAAAGUACGAUCACCACGAUUAAACGACUUUGAUUAACGGUGAAAUGGCUGACGGUGACGAUGAUGUCCCCUUAAUUUUGACCUGGGACAACGACACAAACAGCGGUUUGCUGACGGACGACGCAUCUGAAAGACUCGAUGAAAAUGGAGGUGGUGGGUACGAUAUCAUGAAUAACACCACCAUGCCGAACCCAGGACUACCAGAUCCAAGCACCCAGGCUUCUAUGCAACAGAGCUGGGAGAUGAACUAUCAAGAAGCAGCAAUUUACCUGCAGGAGGGCGAGAACAACGACAAAUUCUUCACCCACCCGCAGAACCCACGGGCACUGAGUGCGUACCUGUUCGCCCACAACCACCUGUUCUACCUGAUGGAGCUGGUGACGGGGCUCCUCCUCAUGAUGCUGUCCCUGUCCGAGGCCCCCGCUGUGCCCUCCCUGCGUCUGGACGUAUAUGUGCAUGCAACUCUGGAGCUGCUCGCCCUUGUCAUGGUGGCGUUUGAGCUGUGCAUGAAGCUACGGUGGCUGGGCUUAAACACCUUCAUUCGGCACAAAAGGACCAUGGUUAAGACGUGUGUGCUGUUCAUCCAGUUCAUUGAGGCUAUAGUGGUUCUGGUCCGACAGACGUCUCACCUCAGGGUGACCCGGGCCCUCAGGCCCAUAUUCCUGGUGGACUGUCGGUACUGCGGAGCUGUGCGCAGAAACCUGCGGCAGAUAUUCCAGUCUCUUCCUCCUUUUAUUGAUAUUUUGGUGCUCCUUCUGUUCUUCAUGGUCAUCUUCGCCAUUCUUGGUUUCUUUCUGUUCUCGUCUAAUCCAGCGGAUCUAUAUUUUAACACCUUAGAGAACAGCAUUGUGAGUUUAUUCGUCUUACUCACAACUGCCAAUUUCCCAGAUGUCAUGAUGCCCUCUUAUUCACGGAAUCGCUGGUCUUGUGUGUUCUUCAUAGUGUAUCUCUCCAUUGAGCUGUACUUCAUCAUGAACUUGCUCCUGGCUGUGGUCUUUGACACGUUCAACGGCGUUGAGAAGAUGAAGUUCAAAUCCCUGCUCCUCCACAAGAGGUCUGCUAUUGACCAUGCCUUCCAGCUCCUCGUGCGUCGACAGAGACCGGAUGGAGUGACUCUGAAGCAGUUUGAUGAUACUGAUAUUGUGAUCCCACAGAGACCGGAUGGAGUGACUCUGAAGCAGUUUGAUGGACUCAUGCGCCACUAUCGCCCUCGGAUGAGUGCCCGGGACCGCUUCCUGACGUACAAAGCUCUCAACCAAUCAGUAACUGACAUGUUGAGUUUGCAAGACUUUUAUAAGUUCUACGAAGUGAUUGGUCUUAAAUGGAAGGCUCGACGGAGUGGGGAGCAUUGGUUUGAUGAUCUACCACACACUGCUUUCCUCAUUUUUAAAGGGAUAAACCUCCUGGUAAAAUCCAAGACUUUCCAAUAUGCCAUGUACAUCGUUGUUGCUGUUAAUGGGAUAUGGAUACUGGUCGAGACUACAGUAUGGAACAGUGACGUGUCAUGGUCCAGAUUUGUCCCGUGGAGUUAUGUUGUCUUCCUUACAAUCUACGGCGUGGAGGUGAUGUUGAAGAUCACAGGUCUUGGACCACUGGCUUACUUCAGCUCAGGAUGGAACUUGUUUGAUUUCUCAGUAACUGUGUUGGCAUUUUUGGGCUUGAUUGCUCUGGCCUUCAACAUGGAGCCCUUCUACUUCAUUGUGGUUCUCAGGCCUCUUCAGCUUCUGAGAUUAUUCAAAAUCAAACAGAGGUAUCGCAAUGUUUUGGAUACCAUGUUUGAGCUUUUUCCACGUAUGGCCAGUCUUGGCCUCACCCUCAUCAUUUUCUACUACUCGUUUGCUAUUGUUGGGAUGGAGUUUUUUGCCGACGUGGUCUACCCUAACUGCUGCAACACCAGUACUGUGGCUGAUGCCUAUCGCCAAAUCAACGUCACCAUUGGCAACAGGACAGUCCUGCAGGAGGGAUACUAUUAUCUCAACAACUUCAACAAUAUUUUGAGUAGCUUUGUGACACUGUUUGAAUUGACUGUUGUCAACAACUGGUACAUCACCAUGGAAGGGGUGACCUCUCAAACAACCCACUGGAGUAGACUCUUCUUCAUGACAUUCUAUAUCGUCACCAUGGUUGUGAUGACGAUUAUUGUGGCCUUUAUACUCGACGCAUUUGUCUUCAGAAUGAAUUACAGUCGCAAGAACAAACAGGAAGAGGCCCUCGAGGACCCAGAAGGUGAGAAGGGGAUCGUGUUUGAGGCGGAGGUGAGCCGCGCAGAGGCGCUGCAGACCCUGGAGUUCUACAAACACACUCCGGCCAACUCCAGCCUCAGCUCCCUGCACCAGGUGUGUGUGCUCAUGGAGCGCAGCGGGCAUUCCUCUGUAGUUUUCCUUGGACGACGGUCACGCACCAAGAGUGAUCUCAGUAUGAAGAUGUACCAGGAAGAGAUUGAGGAAUGGUAUGCAGAGUACUCCAGAGGCAAUCUACCUCAUCUGGGUGAAUCCCCCGAGAGUGACCUGGACUGUCCCGUUAUCACCCAGCACAGCACCAACUAGCCAUGCCUUCAGCUCACACCAACACCUUUUACCAAACGGAGCACUCCAUGGACCAGGAGACAGAGUGUUAUCACACCAUAUUCAAUGGAUAUUUACAAAUCACUCAAUACCAUCCUGUUGACAGAGUUACCCCCCCCCCCCCCUCACUCUCUAAGGUGUUGGAAGGACCAGGAGAGCUCAGAGACCGAUCGUGUGGUUGCACAUUUCAGGAACCUAUUUCAAAAACUAGUUUAUGAAUCCAACAGUGCUGCAGGAAUGGCGAGAGCGAAGAUUUGGAUCACAAAUCCAGUUGGCUUCCCAGAUGGGCUGUAAAGCUAUCAAAGCUAGGGUGUCUCCUUGCCUUCUCUAUGUGUUUUAGCAUCAUAGCUCUGUCCCUGUUGCCAGCAACUACGGUGUCAUGUCUCAUGAAAGCAUAUGAAAGUACGUUCUUAAAAGCAACUACAGGACCUUGGCUGCGACCACUCUGCUGCUGCGGCAGUGGUACAGAACAGUGUAUCAAGCAAAGUCGUGCUUCCUGACAUUUAUUUUGUCAUACUCCUCCUCACCCUCAUUUACCAGACUACCACUUGCUCCUGGUUUUAAUCAAACCUCUAUUGAGGUGCCAUAGCUUUAUGAUCCUAUUUGGAUCAUGUUAAUGUGUGUAAUGUUGUGUUUGGAUGCACUUAAAUGUAUUUGCCUGAGGAUUAGUAGGCAUCCAGCCAGUAUGGGGUUUGUGAGUGUAAGACGGUCUUCUACACCACAUUGCACUGUAAUACUAGACUGUGCUCUUAUUCUCACAUGGACUAUUCUGAAUGUCUUGCAUUUUAUCUCUUCCCUCGGUUCAACACUAUUUGUGACAAUCAUGCUUCACUAGCUCAAAGCAUUUUUACUUUUCCCCCUCUCCAGCUUAGAUUCUGUUAAAUCAAUCAUUGGUUUGUUGCAUCAUUAAAACUUCAACCCCAAGACAUAUUACAGAGCGUAUGGGCAGACAGUGUAAACACAGGUUACAUAUUUGUAGAUUUCUCUAUUCUUUUCUAUCGCUAUUUUUUUUUUUGUCAUUUUAACAAGCUGAAAUGUUUUAGAAAGACAUUUUAAAGUCUGUGAUCAAUAACAGUGUAAUUGAAGAGACAUUGAUUCCUGCAUUGUUUUUUUUUUUUUUUUUUUUCAACCUUACACACAUUUUCAAUUGACAUCCAGCCCUCCUGGACAUCAGGUCAUCAGGUCUACUAGACUUGUCAGCGGCCUUUGAUGCAGUGAACAUAGAGCACUUAGGUUAAUACAGUAAACCAUCAUGGAUGGUUUUUGCUUGGGUAUGAAGAGGCUGUUCCAAAGCACAGGAUCUCCCCCUUGCCUCUGAGUGUCCGUAAUUCCUCAUCAUGGGGGUGUGGCCUGUGUAUGAUGCACAUUAAGAGUGGGAAUGGGAGUGGCUGUGGGAGCACAUGUGAGUGAUGUCACAAUGCAAUGGGAGUUCAAUGUGACUGUGAUGGAGUGUGAUGGUCUGAUUGUGAAGUCUAAUGUUUUCAUAUAAAUCACUGGGCCUCAUUCCUAAAACACAACAAUUUUAUAUAUAUUAUUGUUCAUUUAAUUUUAUUUUACAUCAGGAUAUAAUUUUAUUCGCCUUCUGCAGAUAUGCUGAUUUCACCGACAACUGUAUUCAUCAUCAUAAACAAAUUUGGUGUUUACACAGUGUAGAUGAAUCCAGCAUUAAGACCAUCCAUUUUAAUCAUACUCUUAUAUUAUAAUCUUACAUUUACGAAGGUUUCAUCAAUGAGGCCAGUGUGUUUAACAUGAACCACAUCCUGUGUCAGUGCAAUGUCUUAACUAGCUCUGGUUAAUGCUGCUUCACACCCAACAUGGGAUGAUGCACCUGUUGAAAUUGUUUGUCAGUGUUUAACCCAUAACAUGUGCAUUACAUUUGUUUGUGUCAUUGUGUUCUUUUGUUUAUGAAAUGUAUUUAGACAAUAAAAAUGAUACACUUCUAUUUA